CCCUAACUGACCUGUGAAUCUCCAUCGCAAAGCGGAGUUUAAGCCUGGCUGUAACAUUAGUCCCAGGUAUGAUUCUGGGCUUAUCUCCACCGCAUUCUGAGGCACGAUGGCCACCAAGAGGGACAUCGAUUCUGUCGACAACACAGACGGGGAAGACUGCCAGCCCCAGCAGCCCACGAAGCGGACACGGAACUCGAGUGGCCAGAAGAAGUCGAAGCAGUCGCACGAGCCCCAGACCGACCUCACGUACGGCCAGCGGUGCUGCUUUCCCGGCCUCGACCACGACUGUGCAAACAGCGACGAAGACCUCGAGUUCGAGGACGAGACAGACGCCCUCGCAUACUUGCAAAAUGUCAGGCAGCAGGCCAGUAGCAUCCCCCACCUCCUCGUAGCACCCAAGUCGGGUCCUCAGCUCCCUACGGCCCCAGGCUCAGCAGCCCGCUGCGAUCCAUACCACGACCGCGAUGACGAAACACGAGGAUACUACGAAAAUGGGGCAUAUGCGGCCGCCCCCGACAUAGUCGACGACGGCUCGCCCGACGGCGACGAGUCGCUCGGCCAGGGCGGACACGACGAAGCAGCCAGGAUCGCCCAGGCUUACUACGCCUCCCUCACGACGCACUUCCUGAAACUUCGCGGGCGCCUGCACCAGCAACCGCCCCCGGAGGCGCUCGCCGCCCUCACAAGAGACCAGUCCACUUGCGUCGGACGCUUCGGCCCGGCGUCCAGGACCUUCACCACCUGGUCAGUCCGCAUGCGCGGUGCCGACCCGGUGCCGGCACAGGUCGCCGCCAUGGACAAGGAUGCUGUGUUGCGCCUGCUCCGCGUCGUCCUCGGCGGCAAGUUCCUCCGGCGGGGCACGGAGCUGCGGGAGCGCACGUCGAGGUGGCUGUGGGCGCUCCUGGCGCGCCUGCCCGACCGGGGCGAGCUGGACUACAUGGAGGUCGGCCACGUGCGAGAUCUCGGGAAGCGCGCCGCCUUGCUGAUGCACAGCUUGCGGGAGAUGGCCGCUCUGAGGGAGGAGGUCGAGGGUGGUUGCGGCCGGGCCUCGUCUGAGGGUGAUGGGCUGGAGGGCGACCAGGAGGACUGGGACGGCGAGGCUGAGGCGCUCGAUGGCGACGGCAGGGAGACUUCUGCGCACCCCCAGGAAAGCGCCGAGCAGCCUCUUUCAGUUGCCGACGACGAGCCGGCGUCUGUGCUGCCCUCUUCCGACCUUCCCGCGGUGCCGUCCUCCACCGCCCCCGCAGGCGCGCCUUGCGCUGACAUCGACGAGGCUGAGCAAAUGGAAGAUGGUGAGAUUGACGAGUCGGCGCCUAUGGACAUAGAUCCCGACGUCGAGAGCGCCAAGACACGACUCCUUGCCAAACUGAACAACCAUGGCUCGAAUGAAUGCGUUGCUGACCAGGCGGGGGAGGAGCCACCCUUUGACCCGGCCCGGGCACGGAUGAACAUGCGGGCGACGCUGAACAUGAUCCUGACGGUCGCGGGUGAGAUCUACGGGCAGAGGGAUCUACUUGAGUUCCGGGACCCCUUCCAGGUUUGAGGCCGUGGCGAUCACAGGCGAGCUGAGCUCCUGGUGGGAAACACCCAGGAAUUUCUAGCGGAUGAAAACCGUACAAUGAAUGGAAUAGAUAGCUCCCUAGUCAUGGCCGCAGCUCCAGGUCUCUGCAUGGCUCGACCUCAUCCACCAUCCUGGACAAUGCUGUAGACCUGUGUGCUGUUGUCAUCAUUCAUGAGAUUUGAAAUCUUCACCGAGAAACCCUCCUAAAACGCCGCGCUCAUGAGUGUGCGUAACACGCGUGACACAUGAAUCCAAACGCCAUAACUCGAAACCCCAGAGAUACCUUUGCCGCCAUGGGCAACGCCGUGGGCGAAUUGAACUUGCAAGCUCGUGCGUCCCGUUCCUGGCCCCCAGAAAGUCUUGUCCAUCUAGAUAUCCAUCGCAUCAUACGCCAGCGCCUUAUAGUCCAGAAAGUCAGCCUCCUGAAAAUCUCCAUCGACAGUAUUCUCUUGCCCCAAUUGGUCGAGACGCAACGGCAUGAUUGCGCCACCUCCGACACCAGCAACGUCCAUAGAGGGAGCAGUCCCGGGGCGCGCCUUGUGAGCUCGGCGGCUCUUCUUGGGGAUCGCCAUGACACGGGUGUUGGUGUUGUCCCAGCCGACAGGUACGAGGCUGCGCGGGCUCACCUGCCCAUCCAUCGACGACCAGGGGACUUGUAAAGAGUCGGUCACGGAUGGGGCAUCAGAAUCCUCAUCUUCCGAGUACACUCUCUUCUUUGUCCGGCUCGCGGCAGAUGCCGUGUUGAUGGUCAGGGCUGGCUGGCCAGAGUUGCUGUCGAUCGAGCCCUGGCUGCUGGUAAGAGAUGGCAAGUCGUCGAUGCUUGGGACAGAACCCAGCUGCAGGCGGGGAACCAAGGCGGCGGGGGCAUCAGGGAUGGAGUCGGGCUGGGGGGAGAGGCCGCCGACCUUGUUAAUACCACAGAAAGGCAGCAGCUCCCGCUGGCUGGUGGCGGACGAGGGGGCUCGGGGGAGCGCCGGAGGAGUGGCUGCGUGGUUCAUUUUUGCGGCGUCGUUGUCGGACCAGAGGCUGAAGGCGCUGUAGCUGCCGGUCUUGUACCCCUCGGGAACAGACUUGCGGACGCGCAUGCCAACGUUGAGCAGGUGGGACUGAGUGUCUGCAGGCAAGACGGGCCUCGAAGAGAGCGAGGCCUCGGCACCGGGCCAGGCAGAAGUCGGGUUGUUGUUGUUGUUGUUGUUGUUGAGGGCGUCGCUCGUGGGGAAGAAGGAGGUGAUCUGCCUUUGAGAGGGGUCGCUGGCUGAUCCGGCGAAUUGACGCUUGGUCCGCGGAGCUGACAUGGCUGCUGCCCUCGGCCUUUAUUACUGCUGGGAGGGGGUAUGGGGCGCCGUGGCGUGACACGGAUCUGUCCAGGCAAAAGGCUGGUAGCCGUAACCGGUGUCGCGUUACGCCAAUGAAGAGCGCAUGCAAGGGUGCAGAGUGGGACGAGGUGUUGGCAGGCUGCGAGACGGGCAAAGCAGUCCGGGGCAAUCUUGAGCUGGCCAAAGGUGUGGAGGUCGGCCUGUCUGGGACAGAGAAAAAGGCGGUGGGGUUCGAGAGUGUUUGGGUAACAAGAGACAAUGCUGAAGUCGACAUGGGGUCAGAGGCGACGGCUAAUGUCUGAGAAUUUUGUCUUCAUCGGCAUGUGGGAAUUUAGGAACUGGAGAAUG